CAAAAAUGGGACUGUGUUGCUUGAUUGAAAUGUUGAAGGAUUAUUUCAGGAUCCUCUCAGUCAUGAUGAGUUACGUGGUUCCAGUGUGUGUGUUGUUCAUACCAGUACCUGUCAUCAUAUAUUUUCUCCUGAAGUACUGGUUGAGAAAACGCAACAAAUCCAAACUGCUCCAUCUUACAGAGGGUGAAAGGCAAAAGGUCGUAACUGUGGGCUUGUUCCAUCCGUACUGUAAUGCGGGGGGCGGGGGAGAGAGGGUCUUAUGGUGCGCUAUUAGGGCUUUGCAAAAUAGGUAUCCAUUUGUACGCUGCAUUGUCUACACGGGAGAUGCAAAUACCACAGGCUCUGAAAUUCUACUCAAAGCGCAACAAAGGUUUAAUAUUAAAGUUCCGAAAGAUGUUGAAUUUGUCUUCCUGAAAAAACGCCAUUUAGUUGAAGCGGACAUGUACCCAUAUUUUACAUUAUUAGGGCAGAGUGUUGGUUCCGUUAUCUUAGCAUGGGAGGCCAUGUUGAAUUACAUUCCAGAUGUGUAUAUUGAUACAAUGGGUUACGCAUUCACAAUUCCAUUAUUUAAGUUCAUGGGUGGGUGCAAGGUUGGAGCUUACGUACAUUACCCUACUAUCAGCACGGAUAUGCUAACGAGAGUCCAAGAGCGUACGGCUACCUACAACAAUGCUGGGUUCAUUUCAAGAAGCCCCGUUCUGAGCUAUGGAAAGCUUCUUUAUUAUAAACUAUUUGCAUAUCUAUAUGGUAUGGCAGGCAAGCGCUGUGAUGUCAUAAUGGUCAACUCUACAUGGACAUUUGGACAUAUCGUUGAUUUAUGGACAUCGUGCGAAACCACUCAUGUCGUAUACCCACCAUGUGAUACCAAAGCAUUCCUCGAGCUUCCCUUGGAGCGAAAUACAAAAGGACCCCUUAGUAUAGUAUCAAUCGCUCAAUUCAGACCUGAAAAGGAUCAUCCGUUACAAGUCAAAGCUUUUGCCAAAUUUUUAGACUCAGUUGACGGAAAUGAUACGGAAAAGGAAAAAUAUCAACUUAUAUUGGUUGGGAGUUGUAGAAAUGCCGAGGAUGCCCAGAGGGUCGAUAAUCUCAAAGAUCUCUGUAAUGUUCUGAAAGUACAGAACAAUGUACAGUUUAAACUUAAUGUAGCAUUUAGUGAUCUGAAACAACACAUGGCUGAGGCAACAGCGGGAUUACAUACAAUGUGGAAUGAACAUUUUGGAAUAGGAGUGGUUGAGUUGAUGGCGGCCGGAACAGUCAUUUUAGCCCACAACUCCGGGGGUCCAAAACUAGACAUUGUCAUAGAAUAUAAUGAAAAACCAACAGGAUUCCUCGCUGACUCAGAAGAGACUUAUGCCGAAAAGAUGGCCGCCAUAUUUAAACUGACUGAGCAAGAGCGUUUGGAAUACAGCAUUAAUGCACGGGAAUCCGUCACUAGAUUUUCAGAAGAGGAAUUUGAAGUUGGAUUUUUGAACUCAACUGAAGUUCUGUUUAGAGGUUAAAUGUGAGGGAUAAGAGGUUAAAUGUGAGGUAUAAGAGGUUAAAUGUGAGUGAUAAGAGAUUAAAUGAACUGGGAAAUAAACAUUAUUCAUUGGAUGCAGGGGGUUAAGUUGAUGGAGUUCUAUUAUCUCCGAGAUUCAAUAGAAAUAUUUAUAUUUUCUGUAAUCUUUCUAGUCACAGAGAUCUGUGCUUCUUUUGUUAAUAAAUGGAAAUAAAAAAGGU